AAGAAGAAGAAAAAGCGGGUAAGAUUCAAUGAAGAUUGCGUGCAGAGCGAAUGUAGUGCGAAAGACAUAGAUAAGCUAUUUGAUGCAGCCGAGGAAAAGAUGUCGAGAGUUGCGAAGAAAAUUCGAGAGGAAGAGCAAGAAGAAUCGGCCACACCGAAAGAAGAGAAGAGAAAGAAAAAAUCGAGGAAAAACGAGGCAGAGCAAAAGAAAGAUGAAGCUGUUGAUAUUUCUCUAGAUCCUAAGAAUUUCCUCCAGGUUGAAACGACGAAUUUAUCAAAAGUAUCAGCCGAACUUAUGGACAAGAUGGAUGAAUUUGAUGAAGAUCAAGCUCAUGUCAUCGCUGAAGCAUUCAAGGAUGACGAUGUCAUUGGUGAUUUCGAAGAGGAGAAAAUGAUGGUGGAGGAAGGCGAGCGACCAAAGGACGUCGAUCUGACGCUACAAGGGUGGGGAUGCUGGGUUGGUCCCGGUAUGACAGAAAGAAAACGACGCAAACAGUUUAUCAUAAAGGCUAGGGAAAAGAAGCGCAAAGAUAAAAAUCGACCUGGAGUUAUUAUCAAAGAAGUUGAGGAGAAGAGCAUAAGCAAACUUCAACCAACUAGUCUUCCGUUCCCCUAUACAAGCGUAGUGGAUUUCGAAACCAUGGUCUCACAACCCAUUGGCAAAGACUGGAAUCCAAUAGGAGUUGUACAAGAAAUGUGCAAGCCAUCAGUCGUAACUCAGGUUUCACAAGCAGGUUUCAUCAUGGCAGACGAUGAUGACUAUCAAGAUAUGGACAAUGACGAUUUUGUCGACGAUGAUGUUGAAGACGUGGAUUUGGAACAGGGAGAAGAUGAACAGGACGAUCAUCGAAUUGAUAUUAUAAGUGCAGAAAAAGGAACAGCGUCUACGGACCGUGUGACGACUCCAUUCAUGACCAAAUAUGAACGUGCUCGAGUGCUUGGUACACGUGCUCUUCAGAUUGCUAUGGGUGCACCGGUGAUGGUGGAAUUGGAAGGAGGUAAUGCUCCUCUUCCGAGUUUAAGAAAGUACCGUCCCAGUGUAACCACUCAUACUCAAUAUUCCGUAUCAGUAUCUCCGAUAAAAACGCAGUUUUAA